AUGCUUUACAAGACUUUUGUGCCACUCCUUUUGCUGUCAGCUUACACGAAAGCCGAGGAAACCACCACCUCACAAAUCACCGUCACCGUGACGGAGACUUUGCUAUCGCCAUCUGAGAGCUCUGCUCUGUCGUUGUCGUCCGCCUCUGCUGCUUCUGCAUCCGCGGCAUCAGUUGCCAGUGCGUCCUCAGCCUCUGCUGCCUCUGCUGCUUCUGCUGCUUCUGCUGCCUCCGUCGCCGCUGCUUAUGCUGCUUCCGUUUCUGAGGCCUCUGAAGCCUCUGCUUCCGCCGCUUAUGCAGCCUCCCUUGCUGCUGAGUCUUCUGCUUCGUUGGAGAAGGCCAAAGGUCUGUUGGCCAUCGCCUCUGCUGCUACUGUGAGCUCCUCCCAUGAAGUUUCUCGAAGCUCCGCUCAAUCCAGCAGAAAGUCGACAAUGCCAUCGUCGACUUUGAGAACGUCAUAUGUGAGAUCCGCAGCACCAUCCUCUUCAAGGGCUCCAAUAAGAUCCUCUGUGGCUCCUUCGUCCGCUCGCAGUUCCGCGGUCAAGUCUUCGGGCGUCAGCUCCUCCCUCUUGAGCUCCAGCUCAAAGACAGCCAAGUCCAGCUCCAGCUCUACUUCAGUCUCCACCCAUGAUGACGAAGGAACUUCCACUGUUGCUUCCUCCUCUUCUUCCAGCGCUCAAGCUAACGGAGUGGCUCCAAUAAGUGGUCUCAGCUUCGGCGUGGCCGGAAUUGUUUUGGCUGCUCUGAUCUAG